UUAAUUUAUGUCAGGGGGCAUUUUUCAGUACUUUAAUCAAUAAUUUUACUUUGAACACUGGUCUUUGCAAGUGUGAAAAUUAAACAUGUCUGGGGAUAAAGUUAUGCCCGUAUCCCAAACCGUCCGUGCCAAAAGCUUGUUGCGGGCGAACCUAGAAAAGUCUUCGAGUCUUCUUAGAAGCAGAAUGCCUAACAUCAAAGUCUUCAGCGGGACGUCCCAUCCAGAUUUGGCCCAGAGAAUCGUGGACCGGUUGGGAAUCGACUUGGGAAAAGUGGUGACGAAGAAAUUCAGCAACCUAGAAACAUGCGUCGAAAUCGGAGAGUCGGUACGAGGCGAAGACGUGUAUAUUGUACAGUCAGGCAGCGGCGAAGUCAAUGAUAACCUAAUGGAACUUCUAAUUAUGAUAAAUGCGUGUAAAAUUGCAUCAGCAAGCCGGGUUACGGCUGUCAUCCCGUGUUUCCCUUAUGCUCGCCAGGACAAAAAAGACAAGCCCUCUACUAGUAAUGACGUCGAACGCAACGUGGAAAAGUGGAAGUCUAUUGAAUGGAAAUUCAGGAGCCGUGCUCCCAUCUCGGCCAAAUUGGUGGCAAACAUGUUGUCGGUAGCUGGAGCAGACCACAUUAUCACGAUGGACUUGCACGCAUCACAAAUCCAAGGAUUCUUCGACAUACCAGUCGAUAAUUUAUACGCAGAACCUGCCGUUUUGAAAUGGAUUAAAGAAAACAUUGUCGAGUGGAGGAACAGUAUCAUAGUGUCACCAGAUGCGGGUGGCGCGAAAAGGGUUACCUCAAUUGCAGACAGGCUUAACGUAGAGUUCGCGCUUAUCCACAAAGAAAGAAAAAAGGCCAACGAGGUGGCCUCAAUGGUGCUCGUAGGAGAUGUUAAGGACAGAGUUGCAAUUUUGGUUGAUGAUAUGGCGGACACUUGCGGUACAAUUUGUCACGCCGCUGAAAAGUUGACGGAAGCGGGCGCUACGAAAGUGUACGCUAUUUUAACGCACGGUAUAUUCUCAGGACCGGCGAUACAGAGAAUAAAUAAUGCCUGCUUUGAGGCUGUCGUCGUCACGAAUACGAUCCCACAAGACGCACACAUGAAGGAUUGUUCGAAAAUACAGUGCAUCGAUGUUUCCAUGAUGUUCGCGGAGGCUGUACGACGAACACACAACGGUGAAUCAGUGUCAUAUCUAUUCUCGAAUGUUCCUUAUUAAGUCCUUUUUCAUUAAAUUAAAAAGAGAAUUUGUUGUAUAAUGAAUCUUUAAAAGUAAUUAAUAUUUUUAUUUUACCUCUUGAAUAUCGUUUAGUAAGAAUAGAUUUUUAGUAAUUUCUAGAUGAUUUUUUAACGAAAAUGUUAGACAUUUUUGUGUUUUAUAACAUUUGUUUUAAAAUGAUACUGUCAUAAGGUGGCCAUAAUUGUCAUUUUUUCCGUCGAAUUUGUUAUAUUUUGAGAUAGAAUUAUUGCAAUAAAAUAUGUCUAUAA